UGCCUUGGCACUCACCUUCAUCCAAACGGCCAAAUUUCCAAGACAUGCUCCGCCAUCAGACCAGAUGGAUGGAACACGCUUGGGGAGAGAAUUCGGCGAAUCGCGACACUGUGUAUGGUGCGAAAUUUGAUUUCUCUCAUCCCCCAAAAACUUACAAUUCCAUCCUGCAAUAUGUCCCAGGGGAUAGUCUGUCUUGGCACCGCGAUGCUCCGUGGCAGUGCGCCGAUGUUUGAGCCGCCUGGAAACUACCCUUGUGCCCCCGUCCCGAGUGCGGUGUACUUGGGCAAAAGAGCAUCAUACAGCAAAGAGCGUGUCCGAUCUUCGCUGUAUUUCUGCAUGCGGCACGGAUAGUGAGGCAACAAUUUGGAGGGAUUCUCUGUUUAUGUUGACCACAAGCCCCUCACAGCGAGCAGAAAUUCUUGAUGCUGCUCAGUUCCUCCCGAAAGUCAAUGACUCGAGC